AUGAGCCGCAAGUUUUACACCAACAACUCAAACUGUGCAUCUGCCGAAGUCCUGAACCUGCAGCUAAUGAAAUCAACGCCCAAUAACGGAGCGGGCAAGGUGCUGCAACCUGACACCCGGCUGACCCCCGUGAGCCUCCACAAUGCUACUGUUGGAGGGGUGGGGGGUGAGGGUUGGAGGGGGGUGAGGGUGGAGGGUGGAGGGGGGUGA